AGACCGACGACGCAAACGACUUGGUUCGCUUUCCGAAACAGCUGAAAGCGAAAGCGUCGGGAUGAUGGAAAGACUCAUCGCUUCAAUUGUCUGCCUUUUCAUGAUCGCUCGUGUCGGUAGUGUACCAGUGCCAAGGGACAUCAUAUCCGGAAAAGAGUUCCUGUCCAUUCUGAUGAAGCCAGCCGGUGACGCCGGUGCACGCAGUACCUUUCCGCUUCCGGCGACGGCUGAUCAAACGCACCCCAACCGUGGGUCCCGCAAGUUUCACUACGGCCUUCUGUACGACCAUUCGGACGACGACGAAACGAUACUGCCGAUCGAGGCCCUGUUCAGCUCGCAGGAAACUAGCGGCCAUACGAGGCCAUUAAACGCAGCCCAGAACGAUCGACGCAGGCUGCCCGUCGCAUCGCGCAAUUCGAAGGCACUGACGGGUGCGACGGGCGAGACCAAGCUAACGCCCGAACCGAUGGGCGCCACCGGAUGGCAGCUAUUGGCGGAGGUGACGACGUUGGAGAGUGCGGAGGGAGCAGAGAAGGAAGAACCGUCGGAAAGUAGCGUGUUGGUGGAUCACCCUACGACAGUGAUCCCGACCGAACAGGCAAACGAAACGGAAAAAGCAAACGAACCUAGCAGCAGCCUGCUCGCCGAUCGGAGGCGAGUGGAGCUUUCGGUGGAGGACACAUCGCCUAGGAUUGCGACCGCCGAGGGCCGUGAAACCACCACCGUGAAAGACAAUUUCUCAAGCCGAUCGGUGGUCCCGCAAAGUUCCAAUUCGCACCGCAGCGAGCUGUCCGUGGAAGAGGUUGAACCUACCGACGGCAACGGGAGCCAGCCGGCGACCGAAGUAGGGACCGAGGGACCGAGCCUGGCGGAUGAGCUAGUCGCGGGGUCGCAGGCGCACACACCGUCGGCCGCCGGCUCCCAGCGGUAUCGGUUGCAGCGUCAGCAGCAAAACAAGGAACCGCUGCAGACCGUGAUCUACCACGACAAGCGGCCGGAUGGCCGUGCGGCACCGGCGAAAUCGGUGUCGUACAGCUUCCUCGGCGAAACCGCAUCGACGCUGAAGACCUGGCGUGACAUCAAUGCCGAAUAUUUGCCCGCCGUCAGCUCCAAGGGACGGAAGGGACCGGACAAGCAGAUGGGCACACUCGAGACGACGACCCCGAAGGAGGGUGUCUCGCCGCCCGGGGCCGAAGCACGGGCGGAGCCGGAGUCCUACUCGCAGCCGGCAAAGUUUUACUCCACCCCGGCGCAGUUUUACUCGGAACCGGCCAAGAUAUACUCGGAACCGGCGCAGGUGUACGGCGUCCCGGAGAGUGUCUACUCCGUGCCGGCCAAAGUGUACUCCGAGCCGGCGAAAGUGUACUCCGAGCCGGCCAAAGUGUACUCCGAGCCGGCUAAGGUGUACUCUGAGCCGGCCAAAGUUUACUCGCAACCAUCGAGCUACUGGCAGAUGGUGUACGCGGUCGAAUCGACCACGGUAGCGCCAUCUUCCGGCACGUCGACCGGUCCGGGGCUUGUGUUGUCCGGGGCGCGCGCCCAGAAAACGAAAGACGAUUGCAAGGUGACGGCGUCCUGCGACGAGCAAUCCCAACAGCAGCAGCGCCAGCGGUACGUGUUUAACGAACUGGACAAGAUCCCGUACGAUCAGCUGAAUGCCCCGGUGAAGGGUGAUGCGUACGUGAUACAGGACGUCAUCGGUCGGUUCGUACCGAAACAGCGCAUCAAAGGUCGCAAUGGUCAAGGAGCAGGAAGCCAAACAAGCGGAGCCGCCGCAACCGAAGCAAGACCCCGGACACCGCUCGCCCCAGCCGGCGUGGCCGGCGAAGACUCCAAGAUUGGCUACGUGGUCGAGGGUCGCAACUAUCGGAAGUACCGCGUCGAGGAGAAGACACCGGACGGGUUCAUCGUCGGCGAGUACGGGGUGCUGAGCCACAACGAUGGGAAUUUGCGCGGCGUCCGCUACACGGCCGACUCGGACAUCAACCCGCGCCUCAUCUACGAUACGCUACUGAAGUUUCUCUCCCUCUAAUGCACCGCGGGGGGGCGGGACUGCGGUGAGUCCUCGCUCGCCCAGCCCCUAGCCCCUAGCCGAUGCACAGUUCGUCAAGUCACGUAACACGUAACCAAAAAAGAGCUAGAAACACUAAUAGCGGUCGUCGUCCCACAAAGCACUAGGCUAGGCGCCUCGCAUGGCGCAGGCGCAGUACACUGCACCGCUGCACCCGGCUCUGCAUCCGGUCGCGGCUGCACGUUGACACGUUGAUGCCAUAUCUUCCAAAUCAAAGUUAGAUUUGCUCUGCACUAAGCAAACUAUCGAAUAACGGUCAAAGUCAUUACAUAGAACAUAGCCCGCGGUCUCUACGUAGCUGUAUUGGAGACCCGCUUGCUGUUUGCAUAGUCUUGCUACUUGGUGUCCAUUUCAAAGACUGGCGAGACUACUACACAACGGCGCACGAUAUAGGCGCUGCACGCUCCGAACACUUCCCAACACCGCGGGUGUGCGCGGAUCAGGCGCAGGGUAUGCUACCCACGCACGCAGUCGCGCCACCCCACCCCCCUUACUCCCGUCCCGUCUACGUGCCACUCACGGGCAGCCCUUUUUCUUUACGUAAAUUUUAAAUGUGAUAAUAGAGUACACAUAUUUAAAUUAAAUUAAAUUAGUUAUAAGUGCCGGCUGCGCAGCCAUGCAGCCAUGCAGCCGCAGACCGCGCGCAUCGUCAAAUCGAAUUUGGCACCCUUCGCACUCAACAAACUUCCUGGCAGCGGGCACCCCGGAACCGGGCCGUUGUUUUUGUGAAUUGCGAAACCGCUGCUGAUUUGCCGCCGGAAGUUGGACGAACGCCCUUAGUCAAUUCGGUACUACAACAGGAUGCUCCAUUUUCGUGUCAGCCAGGCGUAACUAUAGUGUGAGAAAGCUGAACAAAUGGUGCAAUGUAAUAAAGGGCGGGGCACAGUGCACCCUGGUUCCCGAAGGGGGGUUUGCAAUGAACUGGGUUUGUUGUUGUGUAAACCGCUGCGCUUUGCGCUCUAACGUCUGCGAGAAGAAAGAGAAAAGUUGAAGCAUCAAAGGUGAAAAGAAAUACAUUAGCAGGAGCCAUAAUAUUUGGUCCCCAGCUUUCACGGUC